GGCAGCGCUCAGUCCCUCCGGCAGCGCUCGGCGCCCAGGCAGCGGGAGAACUGCAGAAGAGUGUUUAAACGUGCGGGGCUCAGACUUGCAAAGCCCCUUGAAGGCAUGAGUGUCCUGCAGGGGCCAAACGGCCUGGGAGGGAUCCCGAGGGAGGGUGCUGGAGGACCGGGCUGGUGCUUUGACAUGAGAAGGGUGAAGGUCACCCGAACUCCAAACUGAGCGAACAUGAGUGCACUUGAUUUGACUUCCAUCCUCGAUUUCCUGGAAACAGCCAACUUGACGGAGAUCAACUGGACGUGCAACAACGGUGACUGCAUCACAGUUGAUGCGACAACAUGCCCUGGCACGCUCAACAAAAGCGCCCUGCUGUACACCCUGUCCUUCUUCUACAUUUUCAUCUUUGUCAUAGGGCUGGUGGCCAACUCAGUUGUGGUGUGGGUCAACCUCCAAGCCAAAAUGACCGGCUAUGAAACCCACCUCUACAUUUUUAAUUUGGCUAUCGCCGAUCUGUGCGUCGUCAUCACCCUUCCGGUGUGGGUCGUCUCCCUCACCCAGCAUAACCAGUGGCACAUGGGAGAAAUCACAUGCAAGAUAACUCACCUUAUAUUUUCCAUCAACUUGUACAGCAGCAUCUUCUUCCUGGCUUGCAUGAGCGUGGACCGCUACCUCUCGGUUGCCUAUUUCACCAAUUCCAGCAAUCGCAAGAAGAAGAUAAUCCGUCGCUGCAUCUGCAUCUUAGUGUGGCUUCUUGCCUUCUCCGCAUCUCUCCCAGACACCUAUUACCUCAAGACGGUCUCUUCCAACAACGAAACCUAUUGCCGUCCCGUCUACCCAGAGGAGAGCUUCAAAGAGUGGUUGAUCGGCAUGGAGCUCAUCUCCGUCGUGCUGGGAUUUCUUAUCCCUUUUCCCAUCAUUGCUCUCUUUUAUUUCCUCCUUGCGAAGACCAUCUCUGCCUCCAGUGACCAAGAGAGGAAGAGCAACGGGAAGAUCAUUUCCUCCUACGUUGUCGUGUUUCUUGUCUGCUGGCUACCCUACCAUGUAGCUGUCCUGCUGGACAUCUUCUAUAGCCUUCAUUUCAUACCUUUCAGUUGUCAGAUGGAGAACUUCUUAUACGCCACUCUUCACAUCACUCAGUGUUUCUCUCUAGUCCAUUGCUGCGUCAACCCCAUCCUGUACAGCUUUAUUAACCGCAACUACAGAUACGAGCUCAUGAAAGCCUUUAUUUUCAAGUACUCUGCCAAAACUGGUCUCACUAAACUUAUCGACGCUUCCAGGGUGUCGGAAGCAGAGUACUCGGCUCUGGAGCAAAAUACCAAAUGACUGCAACCCCACAAAGAAACCUCCUUGACUCUCUGACCUUUUAUUUUUGCGUGUUUUGGUUUUGUUUGUGGGUUUGUUUGUUUUGUGUUUUUUUUUUUUUUUUUGGUCGGUUGUUUUUUUUUUGUUUGUUUUUUUACCCCCCCUUUCCCUUGUGCUUGUUAUAAACGGGGCAUGAAUUCCAGCCUACGAAAGAGAAAUAGCAAACUGUAAUUUAAGAGUAGAACCGAGUGCAAAACGGAAGUGGUACCAAAAUUAAGCCUUUUGUUGAUGUGUUCUCUUUGAUCUCCUCCUAUCCUAGCCUGGUCUGGACUUCUUGACAACGCUAUGCAAAUGGAAAUGACUUUCUAGCAGACAAAGCCAUUGUGUACCGUAGAUAACCAUGCAUUUGCAGGAUAAGCUUUUUCUUCCACGUGUAGAUUCCCUCUUGUCUCCUUGUAUAUGUUAUAUAUAUAGUGUGUUGUAUUUAAAAGCUCGAGACUUUAUUUUCUGGCUCUUGGUGUACCUUAUACAAUUGUAUUUGAAAGUAAAAUAUAUUUUUAUCAUGUAUUUGAAGUAUAUUGCUGAUGAGUGUAUCCAGAGUGCUGUAGUCUGAGUGUUAGAUUGCCAUUUGGUUUCAAGUGUCGUAGGAAAGAGGAUGCCAAUAAAUAGCAGAAUGGAAAUGAUCUCUUAGGUGCAUCCGCCCUGGCCGGCACGCUUUAUUGACUGUAGCUUUAUGUGGUGGUCAUACCCCCAUGUCUGGAGCAUGAAAUGUAUGUAGUGUAAUAUAGUUACCAUCAUGUUAAAAUUAACAGUAUUGUAAGAGUUGUUAACUCCUACGCCCGUACUUCACGAAGCUGUAUCCUUAUGCACAGAAUGAAUGAUCUUCUGAGAGUUGUCUCUAUUUGUAAGUUAUUUUUGUAAAAUAAAGAUCUGAGGGGAAAAAAAAAAAAAAAAAAA